UUCAUAACCUUAAACCCAAUAAAAAAUAAGUUGUCAGACACCAAAAAACGAAAUAAAAAUUUCAGUUCUUAAUAUUAAAAAAUAUUUUUAUGAUGAAAAAAUAAUAAUUUUUCGAUUCAAUCAAGAAACAGAAAAUACGAACGGUUAAAAUGUCUGAAGCAUUCAUUCAACACGAAAAAUCCUCCCACAGUGUAAUUUCCCUUGAUUCCAGCAAAGACAUUCUAGAAGAAUCUGACAUACCCGACCUAGAACCAAUUAGCUCAAGUGAAGACAAUAUCAGUAAAAACGAUGAAAUUGAAAAUAUACCCGAAGAGGAAAAAGAAAAGAGCAAGGAACCUGAAGAACCUAAACCAGAAUGGGUUGAUCUUCUUGGCAGUGGGGCUAUUAUGAAAAAGAUCAUUGCUGAAGGUAAACCAGACACUAGACCACAAAGAAGCGAAAAGUGCAUUAUAAAUUACAGUUGCUACCUUGAAGAUGAGACUUUAGUGGACAGUGCUGAUAAUUUCGAACUAAAUUUAGGAGAAUCUGAUGUAAUACAAGGACUUGAUGUUUCCUUAGGACUUAUGAAUAUUGGAGAAACAUGUAGGUUAAAAAUUGAACCCAGGCUGGCCUUUGGCAAAAAAGGAUUGCCUUCAAAAAUUCCAGGAGAUAGCUUAGUUAUCUAUGAUGUAGAGCUAGUAAAUGUUGAACCAGAAGAUGAUGUUGAUAUGAUGCCUAUUACUCUGAGAAGAGUUAAAGGCAAUAAAAAGAGAGAAAGAGGGAAUUGGUGGUAUACUAGAGGAGAAAACAAUAUAGCCAUUCAAUGUUACAGAAGAGCACUAGAUUAUUUAGAUGAAGUAGAAGGUGGAGAUCAAUCUAAAGGUGAAAUAUCAGAUUCAGACUUGCAGAGUAUUUUGGAAGACAGAGUGAGUGUUUGUAAUAAUAUGGCAGCUGCACAAAUAAAAAUGGAAAUGUUCAGUGCUGCCCUUAAUUCCUUACAAGUUGUACUUAGAUGCCAACCUAAUAAUGUUAAAGCUCAUUAUAGGAAAGCCAUGGCCUAUAAAGGACAAAAUGAUUUACCAACAGCUAUGAAAUGUCUACAGAAAGCCAAAGAGUAUGCACCUAAUGAUCCAGACAUUCAAAAGGAAAUCAAUGCAAUGACAAAACUUAUACAGAAACAGAAAAAUUCCGAGAAAGAAUUAGCAAAGCGCAUGUUUAAUGGAACUGCAAAGCCAGAGUCUAAUAAUAAAUCUUCUAAAAAAUCAUCUGGUGGGAAGUUUAUUGUAUGGGCUACAUUGGGAGCAGCUUUGGCAGUUGGAGCAGCAGGAGUUUUCGCUUACCGUUUGAAGAUUUAAUCAAAAAUUUUAAUUGUGAACUUAGAGAGUGUUUCAAGAAGUGUUUGUGUUUAUACCGUUUAUGUUUUAUACGAUUUUUAUACAUGUUGGUGGAUCACUAUUUGUGUUAUAUUUGGCAUUUUUAAUAGUUCUUGUUCUUUUAAUACACACAUUAC